AUGAUGAUGGAUUACCUUAUAAACGGGGAGAGGGAACCACUUUGGAAGGACUCAAGUCGUCAUGUUUUGACAAAUAAAAUAAAGGAAAAAAAUGAAUAUCCCCUCUUUUCUUAUAACGAAGGGACGGACGAAGAUGUCGACCUUUGGAAUUUUUUGAAAUACCAAAACGAUGCAUUCUUUUUUGAUUCGGAGGAGAAGUGCAUCGCUGAAAUAGCCCCCAAGGGAGCAGGAGGGGGAGCAGGCUUGCUGGGGACGCCCAAGAGGAAGCGAAUGCACUUCGAGUCCGGCGGCGGCGUUGCCAACCUCCUGCAGAGUUACCCCCCCGACGGUGGGGGCCACGGCUUGACCCACAGCGACGGUCUGGUAGACCCAUCACGGGGUAGUACCACCCAGACUGUCAAACGUAGCACCCCCUUGGAAGCUUGCCGGGGUAGUCCCGCAUGCGGUGAAACAAAUCAGCAAACAAGUGAGCAAAAAAGCGAUCGAAAAGCUGCGUGGGAUUUUGUGUGCAAGAAGAUGGGGACCGACCAUUUGGAUAGCCUGGACAGAUCCCACGCCACCGGACACGCGGCGUCGCCCACUGGGCUGCUAGACCCAUGCGAAGAGAAUGAUCGGGCUCGUUCGCACAAGGACAAAGAAGGAGGGGAUCUUGAAGCCACGUCCACUACAAUGUUGCCAUCAUUGCAGGUUGGAAAACCUGCAGGGGGGGAGGACUCCAGUGAUGAUCUCCCAUAUGGUGGCACGGAGAGGCGUCCCCUCCUUGGGGAAGAUAAAUUGGUGGAGUUGCCCCAAAGGUGGAAGGCCAGGAGUUGCAUGGCGGAAGGGAACGACUGCAAUGGGGGAGAUGGAGCAAGCAAUUCGUCGAACGGGGGUGGAGGAAGCAACUCACUGAGCGGUGGCGGCAACGCAGGGGGAGGCGGAGGAAGUGGAGGCAACCACGGCAGCAGUGGAGACGACGGGAAAGGAAAUGAGAACCGUGGAAAUGGCCACAUGGAUGAUGGGCAUCAGGAGGAUAACCCGGAGGACGACAACGACGAGAAGAAGAAGAACGAACAGAGAAACCCCCCAAACCGCGAAGACAACAUGCUGGGGGGUAUUACAAACGGUGAAAAUGCCAUGCACCUGGGAGGGGACCCAAAAAUGAAUUACUUGCCCAACGGGAAUGGAAUGCUUAAUGGGGGGUUAGGCAUCGGAGGAAUGGGCAGCGGCCCCACGCAAGGCAGUGGAUACAACGAACUGAAUGAUCAGGAUAGAGCAGUAUCUAGUGGUCAAAGGAACAUAUCAGCCGGCGGUAAUUACAGCAACAGUAGCAGCAGCAUGAGCAAGGUGGAAAGUGGCCCCGUCAAUUUUUCUUCCCCCAACAAGAUACCGCCACAUAGUCGGGGCGGCGUCAUCGGGAAUGGACCCCACAUGACUGGGGCGAAGAUUAGCGGGGAAAGUGGAAGUGUCAAAAACGGGACCACCUUGGCAGCAAACAAAAAUGUAGGCAUGAACAGUUUGAGCGAUGUCGUGGGUAGCUCCAAUAUGAGCUUCGCCAAGAAUAAACCCUUUAUGGCGAACGCGCAAAUGGGGGUUAUGGGCAACGCGAAUGGGGGGGCCGCCAAGGGGUCGCGAAUGAACCACAUGGGAGAAGCCAACCGAAUGGGCGAAGCCAACCGAAUGAAUGGCUCCAACUUCAGAGACAUGAACGAUGAGUUCCCCCCGGAGAGCAAAAAAAAGGACACAGGGAGGAAAGAAAUUAUGGAAGGACCAUUAAAAAACAUCGACGUUAACAACUAUCCCAACAGUGCCAUCGGCAUGGGAAGCAACAAUAUGAGCAUGUCUCCCCCUCAUGGAAUGAAUAGCGGAAAUGCAUUUUUAAACUGCAGCAUGGGUCGAAUGAAUAGCCUGAAUGCAAUGAGAGGGAUUGGCAAUCAAUACAGUGCAAUGAAUGUAUCACCGAUGAUGGGUGCCGGUGGUAACUCUUACAGCUUCCAUGUUCCUCCGUCUCAUCCGUAUGGCGGUAUGAAUUUGAUGAAUUCCAUGGGGGCGAUGGGGAGUGGUGUAGGGAACACCGUCGGGAUUGGAGGUGGCUUCAUCCCCGGAGGUCCCAUCAACGAGAUGCACGCGGGGGCGAUGGGGGGGUCGAUUAGCGGUAUGUCCAGCGGUAUGGGAAGCGGCCUGAUGAGCGGCCCGCAUGGGAGUGUCCCCCUGGGGAACAGCCCAAGCAAGACAGGAAGCAUCAUGCAAGCAGCGGGGUCGAAGGGAACCAGAAAUGUAAGCAUCAGAAGUGUAGGCGAAAACGGAGAAGAAACGGAAAGUGGAAAAAAAAACAAUAACAUACAUUCAAAUAGUAGAGCCACAAACAAAAUGAAUAACAACAUCGAAGGUAACAAAAACGGAAUUAAGAAUAUCCGAAUGGAGGAUCUCACCUUUAAUGAAAGCUUAUAUUUAAAAAACGUCGAUGGUCUUGAUCUGAGUAAAAACUUUGUCAAUGGAAAAUAUUGCUCCAAGUUACCCCCUAAUGAAAAAAUCUAUAACAUUGUUAGCGACAUUGUGAAUAAUUCCCUCGUGGAUUAUUUGCUCGAUUUUUACAAUAACGAGAGUUUGCUUUAUAAUGAGAAGUCUGAGAUGUCGGAUGGGAACAGCGGGGUGGAUACCGUCACAAAAGGCGACGAACUGAAGGGUAUCGUCACUCAGGAUGAGCAGGAGGCAGAAAAGGAGAAUUUGCAAAACGCGAAGGAGAAAGUCGAAGAGGAGAACAAAGCGGAACUUUGCGAGGGGGGACAGGCCCUGAAUGAUGACAAUGCCAAGGAAACAGUUAAGAAGCGGAAGCUAGACGGGGGGGGCACUGACGAUGGCGUCGCCGACGGAGGUACCCCAACAGGGGAGGCUACACCAGAGAACCCUGCAGAAGGACAGACGGGUAAAGAGCAUGACUCUGUGAUGGUCCCAGAGGAGCAGCUCAAGGGUGAGGGCUCCCCCAGUCAGACGGAUAAAAAAGACCUCCCAAGUGAGAACAUCAGUGUUAAUAACGGGAAUGAGGACAAGGUGGACGCGGUGCAAGUGAGGGAGGUUGCCACCGUCAGCAGUGAUAGCGGCAAAGGUGCUGCCAAUGAUGGGGGAAAUGCUGGGGCGAAUGAUGCCGCCAAUGAUCGGGGCAGGCUGGAGCGCGAACAGGACGAAAACAACAAGUACAUCUUGACCGAAAUAACCAAGAGCAUAUGUUCCAUAAUAAAUCUGCAACAGCUCAUGCCAGUGAACAACAGAUUAAGCAAACCCAAUUUGAUUUAUGAUCCGAAUUAUGAGACCAUUUAUUCAAAGUGGAAAACGUUUUUGCGGAAAGAGCAAUCCAGUGGCAAUGUUAUCAGCAUGUGUUUCUCCAGGGAUUUUCUCUACACCGUUUUGCUGUGCAAUUAUGUGACCAUAAUUGAGGAUUUAAAGAAGACCGCCGUGAAGAAGAAAAUAAAAUACUUUUUUCUGAACCUCUGCCUGGAGGCCGGGUUGUCUGCCAACGUCGCCCACAUGCUCUUCAUCAAUGCGGCCAAGCAGAGCAACAAGUUGCAGUCCCUCUUGCCAUCUGAAACCGGCCUUGGAUACCUGCAUCGAGACGCAGGAGGAGCCAAAGAAGAAAACAUGGGCAUCAUCACCUUCGAGUGCAUAACGAAUGACAGAGAACCCGAUCACUUAAUCAAACUGAUUACUCUGAAAAAUAUUUUCUCCAGACAGCUACCGAAGAUGCCUCGAGAGUAUAUCGUUCGGUUAGUCUUCGAUCGGAAUCAUUACACUUUUUGUCUUUUAAAAAAGGACACGGUAAUUGGGGGAGUCUGUUUUAGGCCUUACUUUGAGCAGAGGUUUGCUGAAAUAGCCUUUCUCGCAGUUACCUCUACGGAACAGGUGAAGGGCUACGGCACGAGGUUGAUGAACCAUCUGAAGGAGCAUGUGAAAAAGUUCGGCAUCGAGUACUUCUUGACGUAUGCGGACAACUUCGCCAUCGGAUACUUCCGCAAGCAGGGAUUCUCACAGAAGAUUUCCAUGCCCAAGGAAAGAUGGUUCGGUUACAUCAAGGAUUACGACGGAGGAACCCUAAUGGAGUGCUAUAUAUUCCCGAACAUAAAUUACCUCCGACUAUCGGAGAUGUUAUACGAGCAGAAAAAGACCGUAAAGAAGGCCAUUCAUUUUAUUAAGCCACAAAUCAUUUUUAAGGGGCUCAACUUCUUUGUGCAAAAUAAAGGAGUUAAUAAUCCCAUUCACCCGAGUAACAUCCCGGGGCUGCUGGAAGUCGGAUGGAAAAAGGAAGUGAAGUAUUUCCCAAAGAAGGCGCAAAACAAGGAUGUACAGCUAAAGGACCAAAUUUUAGGCGUCCUGGACUUCCUCGAAAAGCAGCAGUCCGCUUGGCCCUUCCUCAAACCUGUGAGCCUGUCGGAGGCCCCCGACUACUAUGACAUUAUAAAGGAGCCCACGGAUAUUUUGACCAUGAGGAGGAAGGCCAGACAUGGCGAGUACAAAACCAAGGAGGACUUCGGAAUUGAGCUGAAGCGCAUGUUUGAUAACUGCCGCCUGUACAACGCCCCCACGACGAUCUACUUCAAAUACGCCAACGAGCUGCAGGCGCUUAUUUGGCCCAAGUAUGAGUGCAUAAGUGAUGGAGGAAAGUGA